CACGAUCCGUCGGCCGUCCAGAAAAAUAAAAAAGCGACGCCUGAGAGCGACGCUUGCAGCUGAUGUACCGCUGGCUCAAAAAUGGAGAGCGACACCACUUUCAGGAGAAUAAAACCCUUUGGGACACAGAAUUAUGUAGCGCAAAAUGACGACGGUUCCCGGGACCGGGGCGAGAAUAACGGCUACAACGGUAACCCGAAGAGGAAGCCCGAAGUGAGCCUAUAUUUGCUACGGGAAGGGCUGGCAGCUUCCCUGGUCUCUGUGUUUAUUUUGGUGCUGUGGGGACUCGUUCAUUUGUCGUUACAACAGCUCAUCAUUGGAAAGCCAAGCGGCGAUUUCAACGCAUUGAGAGCCAGACGGCACUUAGAGAAGAUCACCAGUGUCGGCACUCGGCCAGUGGGAAGCCAUGAGAAUGAAGUCCUGACAGUGGGCUACUUGUUGGAACAGAUCGAGAAAAUCCGGGUUGAGACCGCAGCAGGCUCCCAUAAGCUCACUGUAGAUGUGCAGCGUCCCACCGGCACUUUCUCCAUUGACUUUCUUGGAGGCUUCACCAGCUUCUAUGACCGUGUCACCAACAUUGCCGUCAGGCUGGAGCCAAAGGGUGGGUCGCAGCAUUUCAUGCUAGCCAACUGCCACUUUGACACAGUGGCCAACAGUCCAGGUGCCAGUGAUGAUGCAGUGAGCUGUGCAGUGAUGCUGGAAGUGCUCCAUUCUCUGGCCAACCAGUCUUCUCCUCUUCAUCAUGGAGUUGUCUUCCUCUUUAACGGGGCAGAGGAAAAUAUCCUGCAGGCCAGUCACGGUUUCAUUACUCAGCAUCCGUGGGCCAAGCAGGUGCGAGCCUUCAUUAACUUGGAGGCUGCAGGUGUUGGUGGCAAGGAGGUUGUUUUCCAGACAGGUCCAGAGAACCCGUGGCUGGUCCAGGCCUACGUUCAAGCAGCCAAACACCCCUUUGCCUCCGUGGUCGGCCAGGAGGUCUUCCAGAGCGGCAUCAUCCCUUCUGACACUGACUUUCGCAUCUACAGGGACUUUGGUAACAUCCCAGGCAUUGAUCUGGCUUUCAUUGAAAACGGUUUCAUCUAUCACACCAAGUACGACACUGCUGACAGGAUCCUGACAGACUCGAUACAGAGAGCAGGCGACAACAUCCUGGCGGUCCUGAGGUACCUGCUAACUUCAGACAAGUUAGCUGAUUCCUCAGAGUAUCGUCAUGGCAACAUGGUGUUUUACGACCUGCUGGGGGUAUUCAUGGUGGCUUACCCGGCCCGUGUGGGCACCAUCCUCAACUACAUGGUAGCCACAGCCACCUUCCUCUAUCUGGCCAAGAAAGCAUCGCUGCCAGGCAAUGGGGGUGGACGAUAUGUUCGGGAUCUGGCCUGUGCCACAGGUGUAGCAGUCCUGAGUUGGUUCGUCACUCUGCUGUCGGUGCUGAUUGUUGCUCUGCUCGUCACUCUGCUGGGCCGCUCCAUGUUUUGGUACAACCACUUCUAUGCCUCCAUCUGCCUGUAUGGUGCUGCUGCCACGGGCAAGAUGAUCCUUAUUCACACUCUGGCCAAGAACUUGUACUACGGUGGUGUUCGUUUGGUGGAACUGGGUGAUCUCUUCUUUGACGUGAGCUUGUUGCUGUGGUGCUGCAGCCUUGUGUUGCUGACCCAGCAGGGCCUGUGUUCAGCCUACGUGCCCAUGCUAAUGGUGGCCUUCCCCCUGGCCACCAAACUGUUUCUGGCGAAAGAAUUUAAAAACAGAGGAGCGUCAGUGAAGUACAGUGUGCUCUAUCUGUUGGGCCUGACACUGCCUUACGUCCACUUCAUGUUCCUCAUCUGGGUGGUGUUUGAGAUUUUCACGCCCAUCAUGGGUCGCAGUGGCACCGAGAUACCGCCUGAGGUAGUGAUGGCCACCCUGGUCACCCUGGCAACCCUCUUCCUCUCCUCCUUUUUUCUGCAUUUCAUCUACUUGGCACGAAGCACUAAGUGGAUCCUGGCUGGUCUGGCCUCAGUCUUCGUCUUCACGUUCCUGAUGAUGUCCUGUGGCUUCCUCUUUCCUUAUUCAGCCAAUCCUGACAGCCCGCGGCCAAAACGAGUCUUCCUGCAGCACACGACGCGGACCUUCCACAAUCUCCAGGGCCAGGUGGAGAGCCAAGACUCGGGUCUGUGGAUCAACAGUUUUGACUACACAGGCAUACAGCACAUCACACCCCACAUCCCCGAGGUCAACGACAGCAUUCGCACCAGCUGCCGUGAGGACCGGCCCUUCUGCGGUUACCCCUGGUUCCUGCCUGUGAAGUUCCUCAGCAAGAAGAACUGGUACCUUCCGGCUCCUGAAGUGUCUCCCAGCUCUCCUGUGGAGUUCAGCCUGCUGUCCAGAGAGGAGACCAGCUGGGGCACGACCAAGAUGACCUUCAGUGUGAAAGGCCCCAGUCACAUGUCGCUGUAUCUGAUGCCUCACCGAGGAGCCGGGCUCUCCACAUGGUCCUUCGGGGACGGGACGCCUCAGUUCGAUCUGAGCGGAGAAUAUUUUGUCUUCUAUUCCCGCGGCCUCGACGCCCCCACGUGGACCUUCUGGUUUGAAAUACAGCCUCCCAGGGACCCGGACCCAUCAGGCCCAGAGGGGAUGAUCUCCGUUGCCAUCUCCACCCACUAUUUCUUCGGGCUAGACAGUAGGACUGCUCAACUGGAGGAAAUCCUCCGCAGGUUUCCCACGUGGGCUUUUACUUCGUCUUGGGUCAGUACCUACGACAUGUACCGAUACUGAGGACGCCACACAUCACAGAGGCUGACGCUGAGGGUCGCGGGGCCCCCUCCUCGAGACAGACGGAACAGAUUUCAAGGAACAAUACUGAGGACCAGCCCUGACGCCUUUUCUCUCUGACACAAACACACACUCUAACACAUGCUCCUGCUCCCUCCCAGCCUGCCUGAGAGACCCCCCAACACUGUGUCAGUAGGCUUAGUAGCUAACCGAGCAGGAAGACUCGCUGAGACACGCCAGAGGUAAGCUGAUCAGACGGCUUACAAACGGACUAACUCAACGGCAGAGGCACUGGCCACCACAAGCCUCGUGCUCUCUCCUGGGUUAGUGAAACAAAGGGGUUACGUUUUUUUUUUUGUUUUUUUUUAACUCAAUCUGUCGUGCCUUUGCUUUACUCGAUCCAUCUCACUCCCCUCCUCACUUUCCCCUCCUGCUCCCUUUCUCCCCUCCUUCCUCUGUCAUGCUUCCUGAAUGAAUAACGUUGCAUGGCUACUUCCCCUGCUCUCACUUUAUCAGCGAAACACUCAGACUGGAUGUUUCUUCCUCUUCAGAAACACCACCCACCAUCUUCUCUGUCGGUGUAAUAACACACUGAUGGAUCUGUUUGGGAGGGGAAACCGGUUUUUGUUUGAUUUAUUCUGACAGUAACUGGACACUUUGACACUUUGAAAGUUGCUUUUUCAUCAACACGCAUUUGUUUCUAUUCUGAGCAACUAGUUUUUGUAUUAACUGUGAAGUCGCUCAUUAUUAUUCCUCAAUAACACCACUGAUUCGCAGCAAGUCGUACCCCUGUGUGUUUAAAUGAGGAAUGCCAACAACCUGCUUUAGUUGUCAGAGAAUCUGGCAGAUGCAGAAGUGCCUGUUAAAUGAAAACAGCUGAUUAAAAUCAAAAUGUGAAUGUGUCCUUUUUAAAAUGAGUGGCUUUCCUGAAGAUUUUGAGCGGAGGGGAAAUAUUGAAGUCUUUAAGUUUUCAGCCUGAAAUAAUAUUUUCUGCUUUUAAACUUGACUUCCGCUUCGUGCUACAAGCUGCCGCCAGCAGCACCAAUACAUUUCUAUUAAUAACUUAAUGAUUAAUAGAGAAAAUAAUCGUAAGAUGAAUUGAUACUGAAAAUAAUCGCUAAAGGAAAGUUACCCAGUCAUAGAACUGAGAUAAGUAAAUCAGACCUUAAUGCAUUAUUAAUUGUGCCGCUAACAUCCAAACACAAUGCUGUACUUUGGAAACCAAUAAUAAAACGCGUACAUGCUGUUUUUCAGAAAACUGCUCAAUUUAACAAUAUAGAUAUUAUAUUUAUCAGAAUAAAAACAAACAGCUGCAGCUUUAUUUUAUGGGUUUGUACAUUUUCUAAAUGACUUUCAAGACGUUUCCUGGAAAUAACUGCAGUUUAGUACGAAUCUCAUGAAACAUGGAGACCGUGUUCAGUUCAUUCUAAUUAAUCACCAGCUGAUUGGGCAAAAAUAUUAAAUCCGUCCACAGGCGAGCAUACAGUUCAACACAUACGUUUUCCAAUAAUACACAAAAUAAUUUUUACUGAGUUUUGCUUUAAUUAAAGUAAAAAUUCAUAUUUUCCCUAUAAUUGUUACCAAAUUGCAAAGUUAUUUCCAGGAAGUUAUUAAGAAAGCUUUAAAAUAAAGCUCAUGUUCGCUUUGUAUCUAAUUAUCAACCUCGUGAGGAGUUGCACUAUGCUAAACUGUUAAUUUACUCGAGUUGAAAUGUGUCUAAUAAUAAUUAAUUGUUGCUGCUCCAGUAACUCAUUUUGUGUAUGUUGCUAAUAUUCCUCAUAUUUCACUCAUUUCGUCGAGAGCCCAAGUACCACAACCCACGUUCCUACUUCCCAUAGUCGACCCCAUAGAACACCACGGUACAGUCGGGGAGGAGGGGGGGGGGGGGGGGGGGGGGGGGGGUGUUAUGCUUGAAAAGAAGUAGUUUGUGCGACAUGUUGGUCUCACUGGACGGUGGGAGUGAAAAGCGGGCUGUUUUAUAGCGAUUACAUCUGGGGAUAAAGGUCAGUCUCUCCUGGAAGACUUUCAUAGUGUUGCACUUCGUUGCUCACAUCAAUAGUUGUGCCAAGAAUGAAAAAAAAGAGAGCUUUUAGAAAAGUUCAAUUUCUCCCCUUUCUCCCCUCCACACAGCUGUGAAGUGGGUGUGAAUGUCUGUUACGGGAAGUUCUAGACGUGACGCAGGGGGGGGGGGGGGGGGGAUUCUGAAGCUAUUUUACCAUCUGACAGAGAAUACCGGCCCCUUCAGUGUCACCACUACCUCUGCAUUGAUCAACACUUUGUGUCCGACACCAAGAGAACAGCUGUCCAUGUUCUCGUUAAGACUGCUAUGAAUGUUACUGUUGGAAAGAUUGAAAUGACAGAUUGUUUUUGAUGGAUAACGAAGCAUCGUCAUGUUUUUCUGUGGGCUGCCUCUGUUUUCUGUGGUUCCAUAGUGAAUUUGCAUCUUGAAUUUGAGUGACCAUCCCCUCCCUCCCUCCCUCCCUGCCUUCAGUCCCACACUCUGAUGAAAUCUGUUAACGCUAACAAACGUCACACAGUUGCGUGUCUGCAUCAGGUUGUAAAGACUUGGGAGAUUGUUCGCACUUGAGAUCAACUGAGCAAAAUGUGUCUUUUGUCCACUUUGCGUUUCAUGAGGCGACGUGAUCCAUGUUGUCCGUUUUGGCUUCAGUCGCUCCAAAUAAAACAUGCUGACGUGAAGGAGGCCUUAACACACGCUAAAAUGUUUACUGUCGUGAACACAAACGUCUCAGUGGAUUUUAAAGCCAUCAGGUGCUGCGGCGUAUAAAGUUUUAUGUACGUGAAUCGUUGUCUGUUGGAGAGUUUAAACUUAAAAUCCACCGCAGCCUUCGAUCCUCCUUCUUUUAUGCACCGUGAAUAACGAGAAGUCCUUAAAGUACUCCAACUGUGUCCCUUUUUAAAUAUCUAAAUAUUAAAUAGAUCAGUCAUCUGCUGAUAUAAAUUUGACUUAAACGGUAUAUAAAUGAAAUGUAAUUGGCUGGUCAACAGAGAUUUUAUACUUUAAGUGUUUUUUGUUCAUCUAAAAAGGACAAUACCAGUUUUUUUGUUUUUGUUCUGCACGUUUUAUCCAUUUACCACAGAUACUUAUAACCUUACAACAGUGAAAGCAGGCAUACUGUUCACUUCGGUGGACUUUUUGUCAGAUGUCUUCAGAACAGAGACCAACUGCUGCCUGCUGGAAAAAUACAUAGAGAAUAGUUUGCUGUAAUGUAAAUGUGGGAACCAUUUCUUCCUGGAACAGAUGCUGCUCUACAGCUGUCAGUCAUGGAGUCAACACAUAAGCUCAGCAGAAAACACACACACACACUGUACAUCAGUGUGUAGAUGUCUUAUUUAAAACCACUUCAGUUGAUAUGCAGAGUGUCUAUGGGAGAAAAAAGCUUUAUCAACACUAAAUGUCUAAGUCUGUUGUAAAGUGGCAUAAUGUUUGACACUGAAGGAAAACAAGAUAAGUUUUAAAAGUUGUUUUUUCUUGUUCAUAUUUCCAGUAACAUAACAGUUUGUUAAAACACUCAAGAACGGACCAUUUCAAGUUGUAACAGAAAUCGUUUUGUUUAUAGUUAUAAUAUUACAUGGGGAUGACAGGUGUGUUUUUGUUUUUUCUAUAAAAGCUUGAACACAGGAGGAAGUCCUGUGAAUGUGGGAGGCAGUAGGGAGAAGUCUCGACUUAAAACGCUGUGAAACGGCUCAUCCGACGCCGUUGGUGCUCCCACUGUUAGACUAAAGCGUAGCAUAGAGCUUAACGAGAAUCUAAUUUAUAAAUGCAACUCUGUUAGGACAAAGAGCUGCGCCGUGUUCUUGUUGUUCCGUGUAAACUCGCAUUAUCUUCAUCACAUGUAAAUCAGACGUUCAUAUACUGACAUCUAUUCUGGGAAACAUUGAACUGUCUUAAUGCCUGUUGUUGAAGGAUGUCCUUAUUUUUUUUAAAUGUUUAAAUUGUUAGUUACCUGGUUUUCUUUUGUCCAACAUGUUGACGUCUCAGCCAUGCCUAUUUCUCUUAACUGUUCAAUUGUUCUAAAAAGUUAAAUUAAGAUUUUUUUUUUUUAAGACUGAUCAUUUUGUUGGUUUUUGUGAUUUGACACUUGUUUUUAAAUUGCAUAUGUGUCUUGGGAUUGAUCUGGUUACAGGGUAUCCAUCUAUUGAUUGGACGGGAUGAUUUUACAUUAUGCAAAAAAAAAAAAAAAGCUUGCAUUAAAUUAGCACUUGUACAGCAAUUAAAACGCUUUUUACAA